GGCCGCGCGCAGGCGGUGGCUCGCGCGCUGUCCUGGAGGCCGCUCUGGAGGCCGCUCUGGAGGCCGUCCUGGCCCGGCAGGCUGUGCGCGGGCAAGAUGGCGGCGCCCGGCGACCCUGGGCGCUUCUCCCGCGCCAGCCUCUUCUCCUUCCUGCCCGGAGGCUCGCGCUCCGAGAGGACGGACGACCUGGCGACCGACGCCCGGGGCCGCGGUGCCGGUCGCAAAGACGCCGCCGCUUCGGUCACGGCGUUGGCCACGGAGGCGCAGGGCGCGAUGGACGCCUCGCUGAAGCGGCCCUGCCGGGCCUGCGUGGACUUCAAGACGUGGAUGCGGACGCAACAGAAGCGGGACAUCAAGUUUAGGGAGGAUUGUCCACAGGAUCGUGAGGAACUGGGUCGCCACAGCUGGGCUUUCCUUCACACGGUGGCCGCCUACUACCCUGACCUGCCUACCCCAGAACAGCAACAAGACAUGGCCCAGUUCAUGCAUUUAUUUUCCAAGUUUUACCCGUGUGAGGAAUGUGCUGAAGACAUAAGGAGGAGGAUAGACAGGAACCAGCCUGAUACUCGCACUCGGGUGUCCUUCUCCCAGUGGCUGUGCCGCCUGCACAAUGAGGUGAACCACAAGCUGGGCAAACCCAGCUUCGACUGCUCGCAGGUGGAUGAGCGAUGGCGUGAUGGCUGGAAAGACGGCUCCUGUGACUAAAGGAUGGACAGCCAGAGCCUGGGGGGGUGUGGGCGAUGCCAGACAGAGCCUUGUGGGUGGCCUGGCUGGAGAAGGGUAUGCGGGGUGCUGAUUAAAGUGGAUCUGAGCCAGAACCUGUCAUCUCCGUGGGAUGGAUCCCUCCCCUCAGGUCAGAGAAUAGAAGUGGAAGUAUUCACUGUAGGUGCCUCUCAGUUGAGGCCCGGUGGGGCUGCAGAUGAGGGAAGCAGGAGCAGCUGCACUGCCCCUGCCAUUCAGUGUGCAGCCUUCUGUCCACCCUGCAUCCUGAACCCAGUGCUCCAAGCCAGAAGUGUGGGCCUGUUUGGGGUACCCAGCACCUGCCUUGUGAGGUUCGACUGUUGCCUUCUCACUGUAUAGGUGGGAGUGCCUUCAGAACUGUAGCUCUGUUUUUGCCACUUGAGGAUUGAGGCCUAAGAGUGGUGCUUUCCUCCGAGGAAAGCUUGGGUGGGCUUUUCACAGAAGAUCCACCCACCACGCUGCCUACUCACUGCUUGACACAUGGCCUUCCAUAACUGCACCAGUCUUAUUCACAGGGGAUUCUGGGAUGGCUUCCUCAGAGUCUUAAGACCAAAAUUAAAUGCUGGAGGUGAUGGAG